UCCAGUCUUAUCAGCUUGAAGAACCUUCAUAUAAAACAAAAGUCAAGUAUUUUGGUCGCAGUCUGUGUAGUGAAAAGACGCGCUUGGUUGCAACUUCCACAGCAAAAUGGUCAAUUUUACGUUCAGAGGCCUGAUGGCUCCAGUUUUUACAGCUUUUAAUCAGGACUGGACUAUCAAUACUGCAAUCGUUCCUGAAUACGCUCAAUUUUUGGCAGACCGAAACGUACCAGGAAUUCUCGGUUUGGCCGAAGCGUGGGUGGCUGCAGGAAAAACGACCAAACAGCACAUUAUGAUCCAAGUGGGUGGAACCGCUUUUCCUGAUGUUAAAGAACUGGCGGCGCAUGCAGAAAAAAUCGGCGCCGAUUCCAUUCUGACUCUGCCAGAGCUGUAUUUCAAACCCUCCAAUGAGCAGGAUUUGAUUGACUAUCUGCGGGAAAUUUCGGCUGUUGCUCCCAAUACUCCGCUCUUGUAUUAUCAUAUUCCUGUCUGGAGUGGAGUGAAUAUCAACAUGGAGAAGUUCCUGACUCUAUCAGUGGGGAAAAUUCCCACUUUUCAGGGGAUCAAGUACACAAACAACGACUUAUCGGAGGGCUACAAUGCGCUUAAGGCUGCUGAUGGAAGAUACGCGGUGUUUCUGGGCGCUGAUACGCUAGUCCAACCUGCCACUGCCUUGGGAUUUGACUCAGUUAUAGCAACCGGCAUCAACUUCCUGCCUGAUCAUUUCAACAGCAUUAUGGCAGCAGUUCGCGCUAACAAAGUGGAAGAGGCCAGAGCGRUCCAGGAGAAAUUAACUGCAGCUGUUAAAGUUGUUACGAAAAAUGGUGCCUGGGUUCCCACAAUGAAAGUCGCCAUGAACGCAAUUACUCCAAUUGAUGUUGGUUUGGCUCGAUCGCCCCUAAAAAAUUUGAAYGCCGCUCAAAUACGAGAACUUCAAGUAGAUUUGCCGGCAGUUGCCACGCUCUAAAAUGCAGUUUUCCAAUUGCAUCUGUUGUAUACGAUUAAAAAUUGUUGUUAAAA